GGAAGCCCCUCCUCCCGGGCGGAGACGGCUCCCAGGAGUGCCCGGAGGCCGCCGCCGCCGCCUGGCAGAAUUUCUGUCGCUGCCGAGGCGCGGAGUAUGGGGCUCUGAUGGCCAUGGACGGCUACAGGGGCUUUCUGGGGCUGCUGGUGUCGGCGCUGCUCGUCGGCUUCCUGUCCGUGCUCUUCACCCUCAUCUGGGUCCUCCACUACCGGGAGGGACUCGGCUGGGAUGGGACCGCGCUCGAGUUUAACUGGCACCCGGUGCUCGUGGUCACUGGCUUCGUCUUCAUCCAGGGCAUCGCCAUCAUCGUAUACAGACUGCCAUGGACCUGGAAAUGCAGCAAGCUCCUGAUGAAAUCCAUCCAUGCAGGUUUACACGCUGUUGCUGCCAUUCUUGCAAUUAUCUCUCUGGUGGCUGUUUUUGAUUUCCACAAUGCCAAGAAUAUCCCCAACAUGUACAGUCUACACAGCUGGGUCGGACUGACGGUCGUCAUACUCUACAUCUUACAGCUUCUCCUAGGUGUUUCCAUCUUUCUGCUUCCUUGGGCUCCACUUUCUCUCCGAGCACUUGUCAUGCCCAUACAUGUUUACUCCGGACUGCUCAUCUUUGGAACAGUGAUCGCAACGGUACUUAUGGGAGUGACUGAGAAAUUGUUCUUUGCCCUGAAUAGUUCUGGGUACAGUACAUCUCCACCAGAAGGUGUUUUCACAAAUACCCUGGGCCUUCUGAUUGUGGUAUUUGGGGCCCUCAUUUUUUGGAUAGUCACCAGACCACAAUGGCAGCGUCCUAAGGAACCAAAUUCGAUCUUUCUUCAGCCAAAUGGAGGUGCUCAAGAGGGAGUGGAAGGCUCAGCAAUAAACUUUAGCAACGUGGACAAAUCAGAUUCAGAAUUAAACAAUGAAGCGGCAGCAAGGAAAAGAAACUUCAUCGUUGACGAGGCUGGUCAGAGAUCCACCAUGUAAAGGGUUGUAGAGAUGUGGCCAUAUCACUUCACUUUUACAAACUAGCUCUACAGUUUAUCGCUUCUUCUCUCUAGCCCCAAGGUGAUUGGGCCACAGAGUCAAUAUUUAUUUUAAUCAUAAAGUAGGAUUCCUUGGAAGAGUUUGUAUUGAUUGAGGCCUAUGAACUUACCUGAAUUGGAAAGGAGAUGAUCGUGUAAAUAAUAGCAGAUAUAAAUUGUGGUUAUGUUACCUCUUUCUUGUUGAGGACCAAAACAUUUAGCACAGUGCCUUGCAUAAAACGGUCGAUCAAAAUGGGUCUCUCAAAAACAAACAAACAAACAAAAAAUAAAAAUGUGUCCCUCGGUUGGUAAAUUUCAUCAGCUGGUGGCAUCUCUGGCCUCUUGUCAUUUCCUGUUAAUUCUGGGAGUCCAGUUCUAACACUUUAGAAUUAGAUCUGGGGCAGGGUUUAUGCUACACAGAUAAUGUGAGCAGAGUACAGAAAAAAAUUUAGGAAACUAACUGGUUCCCUUUUCUCAGCGCUCUCUCCCCAACUAGUUUGAGCUCAGACUGGCCCUAGAGACCAGGGUUAUAUUAGAGCAUUUUGAGGCAAUGACUGAACCAAAUGUAGCUAAAGAGGUCUUCUCUCGUCAGACCUAGAAGUUUUUCUAAAAUUCCACUUCAUCCCAAAGCUCUCCCUGGGGUUUGGCGUAUUUUAUAACCCCAGAUUCCAAACCAAAUUAGAACGGAAUAUCCCUGAAAGCUUACGUAGCAUAAACUGCUCUACAAACCUCAAAGAGCAUUUUUUCCCCACUUUCCUUUUUCAUUUUAGAAAGUACUUACGUGGCACAUACUAUCUGCCAGACACUAUUCUAAGCACUUUAUAAAUAUUGACUUGUUCAAUCCUUAAACUUUUCUCGGUAGGUACUAUUAUUAUCUCCAUUUUACAGAUGGGAGAUCUGAAGCUCAGAAUGGCUAGUGACUUGCCCCAAGGUCACACAGCUCAUCAAUGGUAGAACUGAGAUUCGUCACUUGGCCAUCUGACUCCUUCGUCCGUGACCCUAACCACUUCUCUAUGCUGUAUCUUCUAUUAUAUACUAGUUUGUACACUGCUGGAGUGCAGUGGACUUGUUAAAGUUUAACUUCUGGCUCUCUUGUCCAAGGCAGAUUCCUCAAAUAACCAAGGAAAGAGGCCCACCCAUACCUGGAAAUAGAUCAUGGCACCCUGAUGCAGCCAACAAGCCAUGGCCUACCUCAAUGCCUCUUUGAUCUUAAAAUUGUGUCUUGGUCACAAAGAAAGAUUUGGGCAAGAAUAUAUGUAACUUUCAAGAUGAAUCAAUUACAAGUUUUUUUCUUCAGGACCUUAGCUGCUGUAUAGCUUUGGGUUUGGGGAUAGGAGAGACUCACCUCGUGGUCUGCCCUUCCUGGUGGCAAGAGCUAAGGUCCUUCCUGAUUUUGGUGGAAUUUUAGGUGAUAUCUAGAGCUUUGAGUUCUUGGUAGUGAGUUGAGAGACUCAGAGGUGACAUCUUUCAUGCAUGGAGAUCUCUGUCUUGACUCUAGCUGACUUGAAUUAAGACCUAGAGUAGUGCCUUUGCUGAAAGGAUGCUUUUCAUUUUGGGAUUGAUUUUUGGUUUCCCUGCAGUUUUAAAGUGGGGCAUUUUGAUGUGGGUGGAAACCCUACAGUUUAUACCAAAUACACUUUUUUUUUUUUUUUAAGUAGGCUCCCUGCCCAUUUCGUGGAGCCCAGUGUGGGGCUUGAACUCACAACCCUGAGAUCAAGACCUGAGCUGAGAUCAAGGGUCAGACACUUAACCAACUGAGCCACGCAGACACCCCUGCACCAAACACACUUAACUUUUUUGGUGCUUCAUAAAGUUCCUUUUAAUUUAAGUGGUAAUUACCUCCAUAGACUGAAUAUGAGCUUCUCUCCAUCAUGUUCCUUAAGCUUCAUGCCUAACCAUUCAAGAUUCCCUUGCCAAAACACUGUUUUCUUCUUAUUUAAUUCUCCUUCCAAAAUUGGUAAUGGUGUCUUAAGUAUCCCCAGUACCCAGCCUAAUGCCUGGCCCGCUGUGAGCACAGUCAAAUUCAAUAUGGACAGAGCACGCUACAAAUUUUGGUGUUACGUGGAAGAGUAAUUGCGUUGUCACACACAAACAUAUUUUCGAUAAAUGGAUGUUUCAUUACAAGGAGGUGCCCCAAAUUCCAGGAGUGUUUUGGGGGAAGGCGAUAGUCCCAAUGACCGAAGCUGCUGUUCCAUUUUAUGUAGGCCAAGGAAGAGGUUACUGGUGAAAAGUUAACUAUGGAUUUGGCAUGAGAAUAUUCUAUUCCAUUGCAAAGUCUUUGAGCACACAUCAUCUCAGCCCUUUAUUUUCUCUCUCAUGGGCUAAUGCGAGGGCAAUCUUACAGAUAUUAUAAGAACUUCUUUCUUUCUCAACCUUUAUGAAAACAAUGCAUAGUAAAAUAUAUCUAGAAAACCUUUCUGAGACUCUUCUUUUAACGGGAUUUUUAUUCUAAUGGUAAUUGUACCUUUAUCUUUCAAAAGCUGGUAUUUCCUACCUAAAGCCAUCUCUCCCCAAAAUAUCUCAUUAAAGAGUCCACAAAAAGAAAAGGGGAGAAGAAAGCCUUAGGUAUCAUUUCCAAAACAGUGAUUGAAAUCUUCCCAAAUAAUUAUAGCUUAUAUCAUCUGCAGAGAUAGUCUGGCUUGGCUUACCCCAUAAUCUAAUUUCAGAAAGAAAAAAAAAAAAAGCUUUUAUUUUAGCACUCAUCUAAAUCAACACUAAAGCCUUUUCUCUGGGUGGGUUUUAUUGAGAAACUCAAAUGAAUAUACUUGUUGAAUUAAUGUUCUCAGAUGCAUACAGCUUUCUGUGCUUCUUGUGUCAGACUGAUUUCACCCUCCAGAAUACUUUCCUUUCCAUUCCUUGUGUGGUUUCAUUUAAGCCGUGCUGGUUAGAAACAGCAUCUCAGACCUUACAAUCAAAUGACAAAGAAGCAAUUGCACUUUUUAAGGGAUACUGACAAGUGGCUCCUAUUUUCUAAAGAACAAAAGAAAGAGAAUGUCUUGUUUUUAAUUAGGCUCUUUUCCCCGCUGAGUUGAAAAUUGCAGUGCAAUACCGAUUGACCACAACGCCAGAUCUAAAACCUCAGAGAAAGAAGUAAAGUGUUAUGCUAAUUUUAUUGCAAUAUGAUAGAAUUUUUAUCCUGUUACGUCCUUCUUGUGAUAACUCUGACAGAAAACUGUUAACUGCUAUGUCUUAGAGGUGCACAUAGGAAAGUAUAGAAAAAAAGAAAACUAUUAUUCUUUAUCCCUUAGAAGAUGCCUGAACAUUUUCAAGUGGAAAAGAUUACUAUGUUUAAAUUUGCCUUCUUAUGGGAAAAUAUUAAAUAGCCUGAAUAUUUUAUAAUUUUGUAGAAAAAAGAUGCAUCUAUUUUUUCUUGACUUGUUUUUAUAUAGUAAUAAAUGUUAUUUUGGAAGCGA